AUGUCGAAGCUUCCAAAGAAGGUUGUUCUCCGCGUUCCCGCAACGACAGCGAAUUUGGGCCCGGCGUAUGAUGUGCUUGGCAUGGCUCUCUCCAUCUACAUGGAGGUCACGGUGGAGUACGCGGAUGCAUUCUCGGUACAGCUUGAGGGCGAUGGAAGUGAACAUAUACGCACCGAUCGCGAAAAUUUGUUGGUGAAGGCGUGUGAACUUGCCUUUGAGUACGCGCACAAGGAGAUGCCUCCACUGAGGUUCGCCGUGAAGAGCAAUAUUCCGUUUGGCUGUGGGUGUGGCUCUUCCUCUGCCGCUGCGGUGGCGGGAUUCAUUGCCGGGAUGAAACUCUGCGGACUCACAAUGGAGACAGAAAAGGCGGAGGCCAUUCUGCAAGUGAUCGCCAAGUUUGAGGGCCACCCCGACAAUGCGGCCCCCGCACUGUAUGGUGGUAUUCAACUUGGAUACAAGGACAACACAGGCCGCUUCUUAACUUAUCGCGUUCCAACAACAGCGUCUUUUUCUGUCGUUUUAUUUGUCCCCAAGAACAAGAUGAAGAUGAAUACACAUGCAACACGCAAUCUGAUUCCAACUAGUGUUUCGCUUGAGGAUACAGUCUUUAAUGUUUCUCGCGCCUCCAUCCUUGUGCUGGCAUUCUGCACUGGGAACCUUGACAUACUAAAGUCAUGUGAUGACAAACUGCACCAGCAGCAACGGGCUGACGCCCUUUUCCCUCAUUUUCGUCCCUGUGUCGAUGCCGCCAUGGCUGCUGGCGCCCAGUAUGCCUUUCUUUCAGGUGCUGGACCCACUGUAUGUGCAUUUGUGAGUGGCCGAUACGGCGAUCCCUUGAUCGAGCCAGGGGGCAAACGCAAGAAUGAAGCUGUCGCGGAUGCCAUGCUUCAAGCGGCAAGUGCCGUGGGUAUACCUGGGCGAACCAUACUUACACGCCCAUCCGAGCAAGGGGUCCAUCUCGUUGGAGUGACAUCCCUUCGACCUGAGUUUGAAUAUAUCUCAAUUUGA